AUGGGUCGUCGUUCGUCGUGCUCGUCUCAGUCUACCAAGUCGGUCGACAACGACAAGAAGGUCAAGUGCGCGCCCUAUGGCAAAGAGCUGCCGAAGAAGAUGGUUGAAGACGUCACGGUCACGUUCCAGGUUGAACCGGGACAAAGUGUAAGUUUAAAAUUUGAUUUUUUUAAUUUUGGGCUGAUAAAGAGCUGGCGUAAACUAUGGUAUGGGGAAGUUAAGUUUAUUUUAAAGCAUUGAAUGGGUGGGAAAAGAUAAAAUAAACUUAUUUCUGCUUUAGUGUGGCAUUAAACUGGGCACCAAGUCUAUGGUCGUCAACAAGGUUGAGAUGGAGGGCGCUGGCGUAACCAGGAUCGAGUUCGGCGACGUCCUUCUGACAUUGAACGGCGAAAGCUUGUGGAAGGGCUCCAAGCCUAACUUCAGCAAGUUCAGGAGCUUGUACAAGAAGCUGGCGGCCAAAGGAUUCUCCGUAAGUUUUGUUUUGUGAAAUUAAAUUUUUUUUUCGAAAAACGAAAAAGUGUGAUUUUAGUGUGAAGUCACGUUGCUGCGACCGGUCAACGUUCUUCCUCUGGACACCAAGCGUCUUCCGAUGGACCAGCGACAUGAAGGCUUCUCGUACAAGUUGGCCGUUCUGUACCACAUCGAGGGACGGCCAUUGAGUCUUCACGUUGGAACUACGGACAACAAAGUCUACGUGUUAGAUCUGCACGAGUUCACGUGCGCAGCUCGUUGCUUGGAACUGGGCGAUGCCAUUCUCGAUGUGGACGGCGAAACCGUUUCCAACUCGGCAGAGGUUGCGGAGAAGGUCACGGAACGUGCACAAAAAAGCCGUUUGUGA